AUGUCUUCCUGCCAAAAAUCAAAUGGAGCAAGCCAAACCAUGACCAUAGAAUUCAUUCUCCUGGGAUUUAGUGGUGGUCAAGGUGUGCAGAUUCUUUUAUUGCUGCUGUUUCUGGUGAUUUACAUUUUGACCAUCUGUGGGAACCUUCUGAUAGUUCUUCUUGUUGUGUCUGAUCAGCACCUACACACACCCAUAUAUUACUUCUUGGGAAACCUGUCUUGCUUGGAAACCUUCUAUAGCUCAGCCAUCCUGCCCAGGAUGCUAUAUAGCCUCUCAACAGGAGACAGGUCUAUUUCAUUGAUGGGUUGCAUCACCCAGUUUUAUAUUUUUGGCAUCCUCGUCACUACAGAAUGUUUUCUCUUAGCUGCCAUGUCCUUUGAUCGUUAUCUCGCCAUAUGCAAACCACUGCACUAUGCUACCUACAUGAAUGACAGGCUAUGCAUCCAGCUGACUGCUGGCUCCUGGGUGGGUGGAUGGCUGGCAAUCACCAUAACAAUAUCGUUCAUGUCACAGUUAGUCUUUUGUGACACAAAUGAAAUAGACCACUUCUUUUGUGAUUUUGGUCCAGUGAUAAAUCUGUCUUGCAGCAACACCAGAAUAAUCGGCACUUUGGUUUUCAUACUGUCAUCUCUAUGUGCCUUUCCACCUUUCCUGUUGACCUUGGUGUCCUAUGUUUGCCUCAUUAACUCCAUCCUGAGAAUCCCAUCAACCUCUGGAAGGCAGAAGGUUUUCUCUACUUGCUCAUCUCACCUGGUUGUGGUGACCGUUUUUUAUGGAACUCUGAUUAUUGUCUAUGUUGUACCAAAAACAAACACCUUGAGAGAGUUAAACAAAGUUUUUUCUCUUUUGUACACAAUAUUGACUCCUCUUGUCAACCCUAUUGUAUAUAGUCUGAGAAACAAAGAUGUUCAGGAUGCACUGAAGAAAAUUCCCAGAAAGAUUGCAUUUCUUACUGGAAGCAAGAAUACAGGGCUUUUAAUCUGCCAAUAUUAA